UUUCAUUAUACAGUUCAGGACCUGAGGCUGUGAGAGUGUGACUUCCCCAAGGCCAUUCGAUAGCAAGGGGAUCCUUAUGCAGCACCACGUGAAAUGAACAAAGCUCCACAGCCCUCAGGAGGAACCCCAUCAGCCCCACAUCCCUCCCCUUCUCCUGGACUUCCACAGCAGUCAGCAUUUCCUCCUGGUCAGGCGGCACCUGUGGUUUUUAACCCAGCGCAAGCUACCCAAAUGAAUACGCCUUCCCAGCCUCGACAGUUUCCAGCAGGGCCUCGUGCUUUACAUCAGCAGCAUUUCUACCAGAGCAGGGCCCAGCCUCCGACAAGUGCUUCCCGGGUGCAGAGUAACGCGUCGGCUCGGCCUGGCCCACCCACUCAUGUUUAUCCAGCUGCUUCCCAGGUGAUGAUGAUCCCCUCACAGAUCUCCUACCCUGCUUCGCAAGGCGCCUACUACAUCCCUGGACAGGGGCGCUCCACAUACGUUGUUCCGCCUCAGCAAUACCCUGUCCAGCCAGGUGCCCCCAGCUUUUAUCCUGGAGCCAGCCCCACAGAAUUCGGCACCUAUGCUGGUGCCUAUUAUCCUGCCCAGAGUGUGCAGCAGUUCCCAGCUGCCCAGGUUAUGAUGAAUCAACAGACAACAAUUCCGCAAAAGCGAGAACGCAAGACGAUCCGAAUACGAGAUCCAAAUCAAGGUGGCAAGGAUAUCACAGAGGAAAUAAUGUCUGGUGCUAGAACUUCCUCUACCCCCACUCCUCCACAGGCUGGAAGUGGUCCAGAGCCGCAGGCCAAUGGAGAGACACCACAUGUAGCUGUCAUUGUCCGGCCAGACGAUCGCCCAAAAGCUGGCCCGGUUCUAACGAACCCCGUUUCCUUGGAGACCAGUAAAUCGGCGUCCCCGUCUCCCCCGCCACCCCUCAUACCGGAGGCAGAGCCGGUGCUGCCAGCCGCUGUGGCGCUGGCCCAUCCAGAGAGCCCCGAGGAAGUGGACACUACAGAGGAGCUGCCGGAGGUCCCCACCGAUAUCCUUGAACCCACUAGCACCACCACUACAGUGCCAGGGGGGCCCAUGCUCCCCCAGGAAGCCCCCGUCGUGGACACAGAGUCGCGGGAGGAGGCAGCUGCUAGCCCAAUUCUGGAGCUUCCUUCCCAGCCAGAAAUGCCGACGGAGGAAGAGGAGGUGCCGGCGGAGCCUGUGACUGCCCUGCAGGAGACUCCCCCGCCCGAGGAGCUUCCUGUCCUGCUGCUAGGUGCUCCCCCCACCCCGCCGCCAUCACUGGAGGAGGCUGCCGAGGUGCCGGUGGAGUCCAAUGGAGUGCUGGAGGAGGAUGCUGUGCUGGAGCCUGUGCCGGAGGCCCAUCCUCCUGAGGCCGCUUUGGCCAUGGAGUCUCCCAUCGCCCAGCCCGAGGAGCUGGCCAUGCCUUACCAACUGGGUGCCCUGGGCAAGCAGGAGCCUGAGGAGCCUGAGGAGGAGCCCCCUGUGUCAGAUGUCAGCCCCAUCUCUGAGCCUGAGGAAGUGAAGGCUGAGGAGGUGGUGGCCCCACUGGCCGCCACUCCUGCUGAAGCAGAGGAGCCGGAGCAGCAGGAGGAGGAGGAGGAAGCAGAGGAGGAGGAAGCAGAGGAGGAGGAGGCAGAGGAGGAGGAGGCAGAGGAGGAGGAGGCAGAGGAGGAGGAGGAGCCCGCAGAGGUGCCAGAGCAGGGUGUCCCGCCUGCCGCUGCAUCCCCGGAGGCCCUGGAGGCGCCCACACAAGUGGCUGUAUCGGUGCCAAAGAAGAAGCGGAAGUUGAAGGACCUGAACAAAAAGGAGGCGGUUGGAGACCUGUUGGAUGCUUUCAAAGAGGUCAGUGAGGGAGGCCCUGAGACAGAGAACAACCCCCCGGUGCCAGCCCCAGAGCCUGAGGAGCCUGCCCCAGCACGCGCCCAGGAGGAGGCCGAGGAAACGUGGGAAGAGAAGGAGGAUAAGCUAGACCCUGAGAAGGUCAAGCCAGCGGGCCAGAAGUAUGACUACAAGACAGAGCAGUGGAAGCCUCUGAACCCAGAAGAGAAGAAGAGAUAUGACCGGGAGUUCCUGCUGGGCUUCCAGUUCAUCUUUGCCAGCAUGCAGAAGCCGGAGGGGUUGCCGCACAUCACCGAGGUGGUCCUGGAAAAGGCGAACAAAAUGCCCCUGCGGCCCCUGGACCCCGUGCGCCUGAACACUAUGAAUUGUGGGCCAGACUUCACACCCGCCUUCGCCAACCUGGGCCGCCCAGCGCCGCCCAACCGUGGACCGCCCGCAGGGCCAGGACAGCGCCGUUCACAGCAAAGCCUGCGAAAGGAGACGCGGAAGAUUAUCUCCACAGUGUCUCUGAACGAAGAUGUCAAGCUCAACAAGGCUGAGAAAGCCUGGAAGCCCAGCAGCAAGCGAGCGAGUGAGCCUGAGGAUCCUGAGAACUUAAAAACUCAGGAACUGUUCCGGCGUGUGCGUAGCAUUCUGAACAAGCUGACACCACAGAUGUUCCAGCAGCUGAUGAAGCAGGUCACAGAGCUGUCUAUUGACACAGAGGAACGCCUCAAGGGCGUCAUCGACCUCAUCUUCGAGAAGGCCAUCUCUGAGCCAAACUUCUCCGUUGCCUAUGCCAACAUGUGCCGUUGCCUUAUGGGGCUAAAAGUCCCCACUACUGACAAACCAACCGUGAUGGUCAACUUUCGUAAGGUACUCCUGAACCGGUGCCAGAAAGAGUUUGAGAAAGACAAGGAUGAUGAUGAGAUUUUUGAGAAGAAACAGAAGGAGAUGGAUGACACAGCUGGCCCUGAGGAGAGAGCCCGUCUGAAAGAAGAGCUGGAUGAGGCCCGCGACAAAGCCCGGCGGCGCUCCCUGGGUAACAUCAAGUUUAUUGGAGAGCUUUUUAAACUGAAGAUGUUGACGGAAGCCAUCAUGCACGACUGCGUGGUCAAACUGCUCAAGAACCACGACGAGGAAUCCCUCGAGUGCUUAUGUCGGCUGCUCACCACCAUUGGCAAAGACCUGGACUUUGAAAAAGCCAAGCCUCGGAUGGAUCAGUAUUUCAACCAGAUGGAGAAGAUAAUUAAGGAGAAGAAAACAUCUGCACGUAUCCGCUUCAUGCUGCAGGAUGUGAUUGAUCUCAGACGGAACUCCUGGGUGCCACGGAGAGGAGACCAGGGCCCCAAGACCAUUGACCAGAUCCACAAGGAAGCAGAGAUGGAAGAGCACCGUGAGCACAUUAAAGUGCAGCAGCUGAUGUCCAAGCAGGACAAGAGGAGAGGGCCUUCAGGCCCAUCCUCGGCGGGUGGGCGUGGGAGCCUUGUUUCCGAUGAUGGCUGGAACACCGUUCCCAUCAGCAAGGGCAACAGACCGAUCGACACCAGCAGGUUAACGAAGAUCACCAAGCCUGGUUCGAUCGACACCAAUAACCAGCUCUUUGCGCCUGGUGGGCGACUGAGCUGGGGGAAGGGCAGCAGCGGUGGUUCAGGUGCCAAGCCUGCUGAGCCAGUGUCUGACUCCAACCGGCCAGCCACGAGCACCUUGAAUCGCUUCUCGGCCUUGCAGCAGUCGGCUCCUGCAGAGAGCCAGGACGUUCGGCGAGUGGUGCAGAGAAGCAGCAGCAGUCGUGACCGCUCUGAGAAGGGCAGUGAGCGAGGGGAGCGCCUCGAGCGUGAGCGGCUGGAGAGAGGGGAGCGCCUCGAGCGCUCAGAGAGGCUGGACCGGUCUGACCGCAACAGAACUCCCAUCACCAAGCGCAGCUUCAGCAAGGAGAUGGACGACAGGAGUCGGGAGCGUGAACGGCAGGGCGUCCUAGAAACCGUGCGCAAAGUAUCCAGCAUGUCAGAGGAGCGGGACCGGAGCAGGGAGCCCACAAAGCGUGAGCCUGCGGCCCCCGAGCCGCCUGCCAAACCCGCCAUGUCUGAGGAAGAGCUGGAGAAGAAAGCCAAGGCCAUCAUUGAGGAAUACCUGCACAUCAACGAUAUGAAGGAGGCGCUGCAGUGCGUGCAGGAGCUGAACUGCCCCUCCCAGCUCUACGUCUUCGUACGGAACGGCAUCGAGUCCACGCUGGAGCGGAGCACCAUCGCCCGAGAGCACAUGGGGCUGCUGCUCUACCAGCUGGUCAAGGGAGGAAGCCUCCCCAAGGAACAGUACUACAAAGGGCUGCUCGAGAUCCUGGAGAUCGGCGAGGACAUGGAGAUCGAUAUUCCGCACAUAUGGCUGUACCUGGCGGACAUCAUAACCCCUGUCCUGAGAGAGGGCGGCAUCCCCAUGGAGGAGCUGUUCAGGGAGAUCGCCAAGCCCCUGGUGCCUAUGGGCAAGGCCACCAAUUUGCUGCUGGAGAUCCUGGGCCUGCUGUGCAAAGGGAUGAGCCACAAGAAGGCAGGGUCACUGUGGAGAGAAGGAGGGCUGAGCUGGAAGGAGUUCUUGCCGGAGGACCAGGACAUCAAUAAGUUCAUCACAGAGCAGAAAGUGGAGUACACGAUGGGCGACAGCUCAGAUGCGCCGAGCCGCAAGGAGCUCACCUCCGAAGAGCUGUGCAAGCAGCUGGACAAGCUACUGAAAGAGAACGAGGAUAACCAAAGAAUAUACGACUGGAUCGAGGCCAACCUAAGCGAUCAGCAGAUCUCGUCAAAUAUGUUCGUCAGGGCCCUGAUGACAUCGGUGUGCCAUUCAGCUGUUGUCUGUGAGAACCCGUACCAGAUGGACAACCCUGUGAUCAAGAGUCGGGCCAAGCUGCUGCAGAAGUACCUGAGUGAUGAAGAUAAGGAGCUGCAGGCCCUCUAUGCCUUGCAGGCCCUCGUUGUGAAGCUGGACCAGCCGGCAAAUCUUCUCCGGACAUUCUUCGAUGCCUUGUACGACGAAGAUGUGGUCAAAGAGGAAGCCUUCUACAAGUGGGAGUCCAGCAAGGACACGGCCGAGCAGCAAGGGAAGGGGGUCGCCCUCAAGUCCGUGACGGGCUUUUACAAUUGGUUGCGCGAAGCUGAGGACGAGUCGGACAAAAACUGAGCUCCCGCGUGGGGAGGGGGUGGCCUGAGCCUGCGUGGCCACUCUGACCCUCCCCAGAGCCCUGGACUCCGUUGGGGGGUGGGUGGGAAAGGCUGUGCAGGACUUUGAGUACCACCGUCCACAUCUGCCCCCCGGACUUCUUUUUUCUUUUUCUUUUUCCUUUUUUUUCCUUUCCUUUUUUUGGUUGGGAUUUUUGUUUUUUGCUUUAACAGCCUGUACUGGUUUGUGUCUGACGAUAAUAAAUUGAUGCUGAAGGAGGUAGGUGUUGCUGUGGGCGCUCCACUCAGCCCCCCGGCCAAAGCCCCGGGUGCCCGGAUGCUUUUAACGAGCGGGGACCCAUCUCUGGCAGGUGCAAAGCACCUGGAACACGUGUCUGCAGAAGGGGGUGGGGAGCACACUGCCUCCACUCCCUUCCUCUCCCCUCCCAGUUAUUGCUGAAAUAUAGAGAGAUUAUAUAAAUAUAUAUAUAAAAUAUAAAUAUAGACUUAUUAAAUCUUUUGAGAGGAUAGGACUUUGCUGUCCGCAAACUUUGCCCUCCUGUUCCCCACAUCUUCACCCCUCACCCCUUGGAUCACUGCCUGGAAAUACGCAAAGCCUCUUGAUGGAUGUUGUUUUUAUUUUUUGAGAGCGAGAGAGAGAGUGAGAAUGAGAGAGAGAGAGAGAGAGAGAGAGAAACACUUCAAACAUCCACCUUGCUUGGGCGUUGGAGUGGUGCUGGCUGAGGGAUGGGUGAGUCGUUCUGGGGUUCCCCUAGUGCUGAGCCCCCCCCCCCCCCGCUUAACCCCACCAGACACUCCCUUCCCUCCACGCCCACGCUGAGGCCACGGUUGUGUGAUCCGCUUCAUCGGUGCCGGAUGGUUAAAGGAGUUGCGCUUGUAAUUACAAAGGUGGGGAACAAACAAAAAUGAAAAGAGGAUUGAAUUACCGGUCACGUGAAUUUGUAAAUAUUUUUCUUUUUUUUUUCUUUAUGGAGUAUUUAAUUGAAGAUUCAAAAGCAUCUUUUCACCGUAAACUGGAAAUAAAAAAGAGAACAUUGCUAAAUAAA